AUGCCUAUGAGAUUUGUGACCGCUGUACAAAACAAUUAUCCAGAAAUGUUAUCGAAAGUUAUUGAAGAAUUGUGGCAUUCUUUGUUCGUGAACAAGAUUUGGGUGGAUUCACAUGAAAAAUUGGAAAACAUCUGUAGAAGAUUGGAAUUGCCAACGGAUUUGGUAAAAGACAUUGACAAUGAAAGCGUCAAACAAAAGUUAAAAGACAAUACUGAUGAAGCUAUUAGGAAAGGAGUAUGUUUAUUUUUUAGGUUUAAAGCAAUUGCGGUAUUUACAGCAUAACGUUUUCUGAGUUAAGAUAUAGGAUACUAUAGGUAUAUAUUAUUAUAGGCUUUUGGAGUGCCCUACGUAGUGUUGUAUAAACAAGGUCAAACACAUCAUUUCUUUGGCGUGGAAAGCUUUCCACAACUGUGUUAUAUUCUAAACGUACAGUACGUUGGACCAAAAAAGAAAAUAUAGAUCAUAUUUCUGGAAUGUAAAUAAAGUUUUUGUCAUAAUUUUUUAUGGACAAUAAACACUUAUACUUUUAAUAGAAUACGUUAGUAAAUAAAAAAAGAAUCAAUUUAGUAUGUCCGCGGAAGACGCGGCCAAAAAGACUGUUCACUUUACAACAGACAAAGGAAUGUGUCAGGAGACGCCGAUCCCGUCUAUCCUUCAGUUCUUCAGUCAUUUUUUGUGA